AGCAAAAGUGAAAUCACCGGCUCGGCUCUGUUCCUCACUGCAUAAGAGGUUUCUCAGAAGUCGAGUGUUUAAUGUAAGCUAAGGCAAUUAGGGCAGAUAUUGGCAACAAGUGACCUCCAUAAAAAGGACCCGCAUUUCCGUUCAGCCCGCAGUGAGAGAAGGACCCUGGAGGGUGAGAGAGCUUCGGAAACAAAAGCUAGAAAACAGACAGGAAGAGCUAGAAAGAACCAACAUGUCUAAACCCACAAUGAUGCCUUCGCCCAUAUGUUUGGUGGAGAAUGUGAACGGAUCACUCAGCAUCUGUAAAGAUGCCAUCGAGUUCCUUAGUAUGAUCAAUGAGCCGGUGGUGGUGGUGUCUGUGGUGGGACUCUACCGUACGGGGAAAUCUUACCUCAUGAACCGACUAGCCGGACAACAGACAGGUUUUGCUCUUGGCAACACUAUUGAGUCGAAGACCAAAGGCAUCUGGAUGUGGUGUGUCCCUCACCCGAAAAAAAAAGGACACACUCUGGUUCUGCUGGACACAGAGGGACUGGGUGAUGUGGACAAGGGAGAUUCUAAGAACGAUGGCUGGAUCUUCUGUCUGGCUGUUCUUCUCAGCAGUACUCUGGUGUACAACAGCCGCGGCACCAUCGAUAACAGCGCACUGGAGAAACUGCACUACAUCACUGAGCUCACAGAGCAGAUCAAGAUCAGAACAACAGAAGCAGCAGACGAGAAGGAGGAUGAGGAGGACUCAGAGUUUGUGCUUUUCUUCCCAUCAUUCACCUGGGUCGUAAGAGAUUUUACGUUGGAUUUGGUGAUUGAUGGAAGGAAUGUUAAUGAAGACCAAUAUCUAGAUUUUGCCCUGCAGCUGAGAAAAGGUAAUAAUAAGAAGACAAUGGACUUCAAUCUGCCCCGUCAGUGCAUCCGAAACUACUUUCCAACCCGAAAGUGUUUCGUGUUUCCAUCUCCAGCCUCACCUGAGAAGAUGAGGCAAUUAGAAAGUCUGCAAGAAAGAGACCUUGUACCGGAUUUUCUGGAGGUCACAGGCCGUUUCUGUGAGCACAUCUUUCGCAACAGUGUUGUGAAAACGCUGAAAGGGGGGCACAAAGUCACUGGUAAAUUGCUUGGAAAACUGGCUAAGAUUUACGUAGACACGAUCAGCAGUGGUAAAGUGCCCUGUCUGGAUAACGCAGUGGUAACUCUGGCAAAUCUAGAGAACAAGUGUGCUGUCGAAGAAGCUUUCAAAGUGUAUGAGACCGGGAUGGAAGAGGUGAAGAAGACGUUUCCAGUAAAUGUGGAUGAAAUCUCCUCUGAACACCAGAGGUUUAGCAGUUUGGCCAACGCUGAGUUCAUGAAACGCUCCUUUAAAGAUGAAAAACAGGAGUACAUUCAUCAACUUAAAGAAAAAAUAGAUGUGUACUAUGUUUGCUUGCUUCAAGACAAUGCCUCUGCAUCAGAGAAAAAGUGUAAAGAUCUGCUGAAGGAUCUGUACUCUGAAAUGAAUAAAAAGUUGCAGGAUGGAGUGUACAGUCAGCCUGGUGGAUUCAAACUCUACUGCAGUGAUAGAGACGUCAUCGUUGAAAAGUACCGCAGCGAACCCAACAAAGGUGUUAUGGCUGAGGCCGUGCUGCAUGAGUUUCUGAAUGAACGAGGAGCUGAAGCAAAAAGCAUCCUCUACACAGAUACACAACUCACUGAAAACGACAAAAAGCUUCAAGAGGAGAAGGAGAUGAAUGCUUUGAUGCAACAGAAGUGUGAAGAGGAAAAGGAGAAACGCAUAGAGGGCGAACGAAUGAUGGCGACAGAAAAAGUGAGGCAGGAGGACCAAAUCAAGCAGAUGCAGGAGAAGUUUGAGAAGGAGCGGGAGCAAAUGCAGCAGGAGACUCAGAAAGCCAUCGACAGCAAACUGAAGGAGCAGGAGGAGAUGCUGAAUAAGGGCUUUAAGGAGAGGGCUGACCUCCUGUCUGAGGAGAUCAAGGAUCUGAAAAAAGAGAAGAAGGGUUUUAUGGAAGAAUAUGUGAAGCCUCUACUUGGAGCUGCGGUGGAAAUCCUUCCUACUUUUCUCAAUUACAGAGUGAUGAUGAAAGGAAUGAAAUAUGGAAAGUGAACAGUGUGUUCACAUUUAAAUCACUGUCGUAUCACCAAUUGAUUGGUUUAUAUUUACAGCUUACCAGACGUAAUCAUGUUUAUUUAGGAUUGUAUUUGCUUUGAUAACAAGUGGUGUCCUAGGUCACGUAGGCAUGUACUUAAAGUAUCUGAUGUAGUUUUUGAUGAUGGAAAAAUCAAUGAUAUUUAACAAUUAUUAAGAUUAUUUCAUAGACCUUGAUUGCACAUUAAUUGCAGACCUAAUUGCACAUUCUGCCAUAUUACAUGUAUGGACUUGAGCAUUAUGUUCUUCAUUUCAUUAAAUUCAUCAAUAAAAAAAAA